AUGUUCGAGAUCAAUAGCGCGCGACUCAAGCUAUACGCGGAGGCCUUCGAAAGGCUCAAGGGGAGUUUCCAGGAGGUUGUUAUACAGAAGAUUCCCUGGUCAGAGAACCAAGUAGCAGACGAGCUGGCCAAGCUCGCCAGUGCAGUGACCCCGGUCGUCGCCAGUGGCCCAAUCGAACAGGUGGGCGAUCUAGUUUGGAAAAGGGUUAAGCCGGUCGGUGAUGUCAGAAAGUUGGAGGCCCCAUGGGCAGGCGCGUACAAAGUUGUGGAGAGGGUACGAUCGAGCGCCUACUAUUUAGAAGAUGCGGAAGGAAGAAGGUUGGAUCAAUCGUGGAGCGCCAACCACCUCCAACCUUACAGAGCUGGAUGA